AUGCCUUCACGCAAUCGGUCACUAGGUCGCGACGUUCAUAUCUACGAUGCCAGCGACCGCACUACUGUUCUCGGUGGUCUAAUUCUUACGAAUGGCGUCACGAAUGCCAACUUCUACUCGAUGGUGGAGAUUCUCGUCUUGUUCACAACUGCUUUCGAACUACAAAACGAAGAAGGCACCAAGAUCCAAAGGACUGAUGAUCCACUUUGGCCGGGGAAUUACUACAUUCAUGCCGCUGGUUCUUUCGCGGUCAACAACGAGUCGUGGCUAGUCCGUACGAUAUCUGUUUCUACUGGAACUCGUACCCAUUGUUUCCGCGAUGCUGUACGCUCACGAGAUCGUCGGUGCGUUAUAUCUGGAGAGGUAGCAGUCGCGGCGCAAUUCGACCGCUGGGACAGCUUUGAGGCCGCACAUAUAUUUCCAAUAGCUUACGAAGGUCAUUGGAAAGAUCAUGGCUACGACCGCUGGAUUACUAUUCAACCAGACGAUGGCGGAGCAAUCAACUCAGUACAAAACGGGUUAUUACUUAAUUCUGGCGUACACCAACUCUUUGACAACUACAUCCUCUCUAUUAAUCCAGACGAUGAUUAUAAGAUUAUGUUCUUUGACCUUGAUGGAAAAGGUCUUGCCGGCAAGCAUCUCGACCGACAGCUACUUGAUAAUCCUCAACGGCCAAUUGAUCAACUGCUGCGAUGGCAUUUCAGGCAGGCUGUUCUAGCAAAUAUGAGAGGUGCUGGCGAGCCUUCCUUUGAGCAUGACUUCCCUCCUGGCUCCGACAUAGUUGGCGAUAUACUAAGUGGCUCGAAGGCUGCUGAAAGGAUGGAGUUUGAGUUAUUCAAUCGCCUGGCAGCUCAAGUUACAGUACAUGGCGCAUCUAAAAGUCGACAGAGGCCACGGCAAAACUCUACGUGA